AUGCCCACUGUUCCACGGGCUUCGCCUCGUACAGUUCUUACCUGGUCAUCGCCCCGUCCCUCGUCAAGUUUUCGUUACCUACAUUUUGUUAAUCCUGAUCACAUAGACGAAGUAUUUAAUAAUGAUAUACCAAAACCAAUUUAUUUAUCGAAAAAAGACAGUGAAUUAAAACCAAAUUAUUUUCUAGCAAUACCAGUGACUGAUUCGUCUGUGAUUAAGAAUUAUCUUGAAUUUCGUCAAUAUGUACUGGAUACGGAGCCAACAUUAGUCAAACAUUGUUUAUCGUUUCAGUCUGAUUUAUUACACAUUACAUUGUUAACAUUACGUUUGGAUAAUCAAUUUGAAAUUGAUCAAUGUAUGUCAACAAUGAAGGCAUUACAAGAAGAACUAAAAUAUUAUUGUACAUAUCCUGAACAUUUGAAACUUUAUUUUUUCGGUUGUGAAACAUUUUAUAAUAAAACAUUAUUUAUUAAUUGUCGUAAACAUGAUCGACUAGAAGGUUUACGAAAAAUAUUAAUCGAACGAUUUCAAUCGAAUAAUAUUAAUUUAGCUGGAAAUUAUUAUGAAUUUAUACCUCAUCUAAGUCUAAUUAAAAUGAAACAAAAAUUAAAAACUAUACCGUCAGCGAUUUAUAAAAAAUAUCAGCAAUCUGACUUUGGUGUGCAAAAUGUUGAAGCUAUACAAUUAUGUCAAAUAGCACCGGCUGAUUCACAGCAAAGAUGUACAUUUACACUUGAUUUAUAA